AUGGGAACAGUACAUGAUGUCAGCAAUGAUGACAUCAAGGAGGAACAGGAGGAACAAGAAGAAAGUUUAUAUGAUCGAGAAGGAGAUGAUGGUACCAAGCAUGAACGGUACCAAGGACUUACAAGAUCACAGCAUGACAUCUUUCAUCAGCUGCACAAGUUACCACUGAAAAAGAACUGUGAAGCAACUGCAUUUUUUUAUCAAAUGAUACUUGCAGCAACCUGGAUUAACAAUCAAGAAGAUUACUCCAACAUUGUGACUGCACUUCAAAACAAUCACAAUGUUGAGGACAUUGCAGCUCACAAGUUCUUCAAUAGGGGAUAUUGGAGGCAGCAUGUGCGACGACUUACCCCAACCCCAGAAAACCAUGCCGGCAAUCUGGAGAAGGUGAAAAGCUUUGUGUCGUCUGACAAUCGCUUCAAGGAAUAUUGA